AUGUAUCAUAUCAUCAUAUUUCUUCUCCUACUACUACUUCAUAAAUCGGUAUUAUCGAAGAGUGUUGAUGAAGAAGAAGAAGGAGUAAGCAAUGUACUUAAUGAUCAUUUUUAUGAUGGUAAUAAGAUUAUAUUACCACUUUCUAAAAAUGCCAGUAUUCAAUUGUUAAAUCAUUGGAUUCAACAAGCUGCUAGUGGUUUUAUAGCUGCUUUUGCAAGUAAAAGGAUGAAAAUGUUUAAACAUCAAAAUGAUGAAAAAUUUUAUCAUUGUUCUAAAGAAGCAAAUUCGAUUACAAAACAUGCAAAAUGUGCUGUGGAUUUGUUAAUGUUAGAGAAGAUGAAACAAAUUAAAAUUCGUAAAUUCGGAAAUGUAAAACGAAAAUACGAAAUGCUCAAAUAUUUUCCAAUUCGAAAAAUUAACGCACGUAAGCCAGAUGCUAAAAUUGACCGAAAUCGGAAAUAUAUGUCAAAGGCUAAUGAUUAUUGGAUAGGUAAAUUUCGCAUUGCUCGACAGAAACGAGCAGUGGAGAAGACGAAAUGGAAAAUAAAAAGAAUUAAUAAAAAAUCAUAUCAUUUAUUAACUGAUAAAGAUACAAAAACAACUUUUGGAAUGAUUAUAAGUGGAGUGAAAAAAAUUCUUCAAAAAUUAAAACGUCAAAAGACUUCCAAAACAUGGUCAACAACAAUAGCUGAAAUACAACAUUUAGCUAUGCAAAUGAAGGAACGAGAGGAAUUAUUAAAAAUGUUUGAAAUUAAAGCCCAAAAUAAUGGUAUUAAAAUUUCACACGUCUUAAAAAUAUUAAUCGAUCCAAGGAGGAAGAUGAAAUUACGACCUAAUCGUACGCAAUUAUUAGCAAAAUCAUUUUCAACAUUACUUCGUAAUGGUGCAAUGCUUGCAAUUGCAAUGUCAAAUAAAAGCAUUUCAAAUAUGCAUAAUAAAACAAUUCGCAUAGCAUCACCAAGAUUUUUUUCAAUUUUACCAGAUGAUAAUAAACAAAAUACCGUAAAUUUACUAUCACCAUCAAUUUUAAGUUUGCAUAAUGAGGGUGAUAGUAUGGAGCGUAAAUUGAGCAUAUCAGGAUUACUUGGUGCAUUCAAAUUGAUGAAUGAAUAUGAUCAAAAUGAAUUACUUGAAUUAAUUACUGAAGCAUCUGGACUUACUGAUGCUAUACAACAAAUUCAUGAAAAACUUGAAAUGGAAAAUAAUAACAUACGUCAUGCCAAAGGUAUUAAUGGGCAACCAUUAUAUUUUACAAAACAAAAUGUUAGCGAAUUAUAUGGCGAAAUAGAACGCAAUAAAGUGGAUAUAUUUGAGAGGCUUUACAAAACAUUAAGCAAACAACAAAUUGGUGAAAUAAAUGUUACCGGUUAUGCAGUAUUAAGCAAAAGGCAGCUAAAACUUAUUUAUGGUCAACGAUCACCGUAUUAUCAUCCAAUUGCUUUAAAAAAACUUAAAUCACUGGAAAAUGAUUUAAAAAAAUUAGCAAAAUCAGAAAAUUUUGGUUUACAGACAGGUGAAUUACAUCGAAGACAAAAACGUUCUGGUAUUUCUCUAUCACCCUUCCUAUUAUCACCAUUUAUAUUAGCAGGAGGAUCAUUAUCACAACCAGUCCUACUUUCUCCAGUAGUCCUCUCUCCUGUAAUUUUAAGUCCAGCAAUUCUUGGUCCUUUUAUUUUAAGUCCUUGGAUUUUUAAUCCAGUAAUUUUAUCACCAAGAAUUCUUGCACCAUUUAUUCUUAAUCCUUUCAUUUUUUCUCCAAUAAUAUUAUCACCUGUAGCAUUACAUCCAUUUAUUUUGUCUCCUGGCAUAUUUAAUCCAGUAAUUCUAUCGCCACUAGCUUUAUCACCAUUUAUCUUAUCACCGCAAGUAGCUACACCAUUAAUACUAUCACCAAUGAUUUUAAAUCCAUUGCUGCUAAAUCCUAUGGCUUUAUCACCGCUUGUUUUUAGUCCAUUUAUAUUAUCACCACUUGUAUAUUCACCUCAAUAUUUAUUUGCCCUUGUCUUUAGCCCAUAUAUGCUUUCACCAAUAAUUGAAAGUGAAUUAAUUAAUAGCACGUGUACCGGUUCGUUGUAUGUUCGAGACGUACAACAGAUUAUCUUUUAUUAUCGUUUGGAUACCAAAUACAGUGAAGAUAUGUUCAAAUAA